AUGGCGUUGCCCAAGUUUCUGACGCCCAUCGGUGACCGGCGCGGCGUGCACAGCUCCAACGGGCAAACCAACCUCGAUGCCGCCCGCGACACUGCCCCCAGGUUCGAGAAGGUGACCUGGUACAAGGAGCCUCACUUGCGCAAGCUCUACAUCCUCUCCAUCUUCCUGCUGAUUGCCUCGGCCACCACCGGCUACGAUGGCAUGAUGGUCAACACGUCGCAGCAGAUGGACAAGUGGAAGACGUACUUUCCCGAGGUCGAAGACAACAACAAGCUCGGAAUCCUCAUCAACAUGUACAACAUUGGUUCCAUUGUCUCCUUCUUCAUCGUCCCCUACAUGGCCGAUAACCUGGGCCGAAAGCCCACCAUUAUGAUCGGCUGUGUCAUCAUGAUUACCGGUGCCCUGAUUUCCACCUUCUGCAACGGCUAUGGAAUGUACAUUGGCGGUCGAUUUAUUCUCGGUUUCGGCAACUCGCUAGCCCAGAUGUCAUCUCCCAUGCUUCUGACUGAGAUCUGCCACCCUCAGCACCGUGGUCCUCUCACUGCUGUUUACAACUGUCUCUGGAAUUUGGGCUCCUUGAUUGUUUCCGUUGUUGGUUGGGGAACUGCUUCCAUCAACAACAACUGGUCAUGGCGAUCCAUCACCUUCAUCCAGGCCGUCCCCUCCAUCAUCCAGCUCGCCGGUAUCUGGUGGGUCCCCGAGUCCCCUCGAUUCCUCGUCAACAAGGACAAGUCCGAGGAGGCCCUCGCCAUGCUCGCCAAGCACCACGCCGGUGGCGACGUGAACAACGCGACUGUCCAGUUCCAGUACCGUGAAAUCAAGCAGACCAUUGAGGCCGACAAGUCAGCCCGCAGGGCUACCAGCUAUGCCGACUUCCUCAAGACCAAGGGUAACCGAUGGAGGCUCGCCAUUAUCAUUUCCCUGGGUAUCAUCUCGCAGUACUCUGGAAAUGCUCUGUUCUCCAACUACAUCGAUAUCAUCUACACCGGUGCUGGUAUCAAAGAGCAGAACAAGAAGCUCGCUCUCUCUGCCGGAAAGACGAUCAUGGAUUUGUCCAUUGCCAUUGGAGCCGCCCUCACUGUCGAUAGGAUUGGUCGCCGUCCGCUGUUCCUGGUUGCCAUCUCCGGUAUGGUCGCCUCUUUCGUCCUCUGGACCAUCGUUGGUGCCAUCUACGAGAACUCUGCCGUUCCCACUCCCCCCACUGCGGACGAGCCCAAGGGUGGCAUCAAGUACACCAACGUGGGUUCCGGCUACGCCCAGAUCGCCUUUGUCUGGCUAUUCGGUAUUUUCUACGAUAUUGGUUUCUCCGGUCUGCUCGUUGCCUACGCCCUCGAGGUCCUCCCCUUCCAUCUCCGUGCCAAGGGAAUGACUAUUAUGAACAUUACCGUCCAGGCUAUCCUUGCCAUUGGAAACCAAACCAACAAGGUCGCCUGGGAUCACCUCCCCAAGCACUGGCACUUCAUGCUCUUCUACACUCUUUGGGACGCCGUUGAGUUCAUCUUCGUCUGGUUCUUCUACGUCGAGACCAAGGGCCCCACCCUGGAGGAGAUUGCAAAGAUCUUUGACGGCGACGACGCCGUGGUCGAGCACAUCGAUCUCGCCCAGGUCGAGAAGGAAGUUCACCUUGGCCGACACGAGGAGGACAUCAACUUGUCCCACAUGCACAGCGAGAAGACGGCAGCCUAA